AUGUUCAUUUUGCCCUCAGGCGAGCAACGAGAUGGAGUAAACCAAGAUGGCAUCGACUACUACAACAGGCUCAUCAACGAGCUGAAGGCUAACGACAUUGAACCGAUGGUGACACUGUUUCACUGGGACCUACCGCAGGGUCUACAGGUAUCGUCAACGUCAGUCCAUUCAGACAAGCUACAGUCUGCAUCGGUAUGGUAUCAGGACAGGUACGGAGGUUUACUCAACAACAACACCACCAACAGUACUGUGAUCCACGAUCUGUUCGGAGACUACGCUCGCUUCUGUUUCCAGAACUUCGGCGAUCGCGUGAAGUUCUGGAUAACGUUCAACGAUCCCUGGAUCAUAACUUUAGAAGGCUAUGGUAUUGGUAACUACCCCCCUCAACACAGUGACCCGGCGGAAGGACAGUACAUAGCCGGCCAUAACAUCAUCCUGUCUCACGCCAAGGCAUAUCACAUCUAUUCCGACGAGUUCAGAGCCGCACAGAAUGGGAAGGUGAGCAUCGCCCUGAGCUGUGACUGGGGUGAGCCGGCCGGUCCUUCCGAUGUGGAGGCAGCGGAGCAUUACGUCCAGUUUUUCCUGGGCUGGUUCGCUCAUCCUAUCUACAAGAACGGCGACUAUCCGGAGGUGAUGAAGGCAACCAUGGCGAGGAAAGGGCGAGAAGAGGGAAGAAACACGUCCCGUCUGCCAGAGUUCACUCCGGAGCAGAAGGCCUACAUCAACCAAACCUCCGACUUCUUCGCCCUGAACUACUACACCACUGUGGAGGUGACUGACGUCGGUCAUAUUGUAACAGACAAUCCCAGCUGGUUCACGGACAUUGAUGUCAAAAAGAGCCGUCCGGCUGACUGGCCACAAACUCCAUUCAGCUGGCUGUACAUCGUUCCGUGGGGAAUCCGGAAAGUCCUGGGUUUCAUCCGGAACGAGUACGGGGAUCCGGAUGUCUACAUUACGGAAAACGGAAGGCCUGACCAUGACCGUGACCCAGCGAUCAUGAUCGACAUGGACCGGAUCUGUUCCUACAUGAUGCACACUAACGAAGUUAUGAAAGCUGUCAAUAUGGACAACGUCAAAGUAAAAGCCUACACUGCAUGGUCCCUCAUGGACGGGUUUGAGUGGGCGCACGGAUACACGGUGCGCUUCGGUCUUUACUAUGUCGACUUCAACGACCCCGACCGCACCCGCUACCCGAAGGCCUCCUCCGUCUUCUUCAAGCAGCUGGUGAGGAACAACGGCUAUCCCGAGGGGUCAGAGUUCACCAAGUACGUGGAAAACAUGUGGUACUUCUGCCACAACACCACAGAGACAGAGGUGAACGGGCUGAUAGGGGGCGCUUCUCGAGUCUCGUCCCUGUUCUCGUUGUUUCUCGCGAUGUUAUUGGCAAUAUGCUUCUUCUUCAAUAAACUACAAAACAGCCCUCGUGCCUGGCUAUUUAGUUCGUUGGUUAGCAGAUUAGAGGUCAUUUUGCCCCAGUCCCUGGCAUCCGACGGUUCUAUCAUGGAACCAGGAAAGUUCGUCAGCUUUCUUCUAGCGGUUACCCUCGCCCUGUCUCCCGCUAACGGGGCGUACGACAAGGAGAGAGACGCUCUGCUGAAGGGAACGUUUCCGAACGACUUUAUCUGGAGUUCUGCGACGGCUGCGUACCAGAUAGAAGGGGCCUGGAACGCUAGUAACAAAGGCGAAUCUAUUUGGGACAGGCUAGCUCACGAAGGCAAAGUUAACAACCAAGAUACAGGUGAUGUUGCCUGUGACAGCUACAACAAGUACCCUGAGGAUGUGCAGCUGAUGAAGCAGAUGGGACUGAGGUACUACCGCUUUUCCAUCUCAUGGCCCAGGAUCUUCCCUACAGGCGAGCAACAAGAUGGAGUAAACCAAGAUGGCGUCGACUACUACAACAACCUUAUCAACGAGCUGAUAGCCAACAAUAUCCAACCGAUGGUGACACUGUUCCACUGGGACCUCCCGCAGGUUUUACAGGACAGGUACGGAGGUUUUCUCAACAACCACACCACCAACAGUACCGUGAUCCACGAUCUGUUCGGAGACUACGCCAGGUUCCUGUACAGGAACUAUGGUGACCGGGUCAAAUACUGGAUCACGUUCAACGAAACCUGGAUCUCGGAAGGGAACUGUAACUUUGCCCCUCAGCACAAUGAACCGGCGACAGGCCAGUACAAAGCAGCGCACAACAUCAUCCUGUCUCACGCCAAGGCCUACCGCAUCUAUGACGACGAGUUCAGAGCCGCACAGCAGGGAAAGGUUGGCAUCACCCUCAAUUGUGACUGGGGCACACCGAAGACUCCCGCCGAUGCUGAUGCAGCGUUGCGUUAUGUCCAGUUUUUCCUGGGCUGGUUCGCUCAUCCGAUCUACAAGAACGGUGACUAUCCCGAAGUCAUGAAGACAACGAUGGCACGGAAAGCGCAAGAGGAGGGGAGGACCGAGUCGCGUCUUCCAGAGUUUACUGCUGAGCAGAAGACCUACAUCAGCGGUACCAGCGACUUCUUCGGCCUGAACCACUACACUACUGUGGAGGUGACCGACACCUGCUGCACACCGAUAGAUAACCCAAAUUACGACACGGACAAGGACGUGGGGACCGGGCAUGCGUCUGACUGGCCGCAAGCUGCCUCCGUCUGGCUGUACGUGGUUCCGUGGGGAAUCCGGAACCUUCUGGGCUGGAUAAAGGAAGAGUACGGAGAUCCGGAAAUCUACGUCACGGAAAACGGAAGGUCGGACCAUGACCAGGAUCCUGCCAUCAUGAUGGACAUGGAGAGGAUCUGCUACUAUAUGAUGUACACGAACGAGGUCAUGAAAGCUGCUAAUCUGGACAACGUCAAGGUGAAGGCGUACACUGCCUGGUCGCUGCUGGACAACUUCGAGUGGCUGUCUGGCUACUCCGAGCGCUUCGGGCUCCACUACGUCGACUUCAACGACCCCGACCGCACCCGCUACCCGAAGGCUUCCUCCGUCUUCUUCAAGCAGCUGGUGAGGAACAACGGCUAUCCCGAGGGGGCAGAGUUCACCAAGUACGUGGAGAACAUGUGGUACUUCUGCCACAACACUACAGAGGCAGAGGUGAACGGGCUGAUAGGGGGCGCUUCUCAAGUCUCAUCCAUGUUCUCGCUGUUUCUCGCGAUUCCUAUGGUGGUCGUCUACUGCUUCACUGCUUAAACUGUUUGACGAAUUAGAAGCUUUCAUAACGCAUUUAUAGUCCUAUAGUCGUGACUGAUUUCUAACGUUUGGCGGUGAUCACUUCCUUCCGUUUACUAAAGAUCACAAAACUUUUGUACAUAAUUAAUGACAACUACGUGCCAGAGUUUCUACACCUUGUGGUAGUAAGUCAGUAUUGUCCCGAGAAGGGCAAGAAAUACUGCCGAAAUGGCAGAUAAUAGGUACUAGUAUACUAGUUGUGUGCAAGAGCGUUUUAGAUUCUUAGUUUAACCUACAAAGUCUGGUUGUAGAAAAUGAUUUUUGGUGCAGAAGUUUAGUAGUGCCUUUUCUUAUAGCUUUAGACAAUUGUUUUAUUCCUUCUGAUUAGCUGUAACGUUUAGCUUACCUACGCAUCAUACGUGCUAGAAAAAGUCUUGAUGGUGUAUUUUCAAAACACUCAUGACGGCAUUUGUGUAGCUAUAAGAUCUUUUUUCUAAAUAAAUGAGAGCAAAGAAAUU